UCACUCAUUCCCGUCCAGUGCUAAACAGAGAGCUCAUCAUCAAUCAUCAUCAUCAGUUGGCUCCGGUUUCGGCGCUUGCGCAGCCGAACCUGGCUGCCCAGCCAGUCACGUCACCAUCUUUUCCCGCCAAAACUUCCCGCCCGUUAUACUCCCGCCAUUUUUUCUUCAUCUCGCCGUCCUCGUCCGCAUUCUCAAAACCCUAACCCAAACCCUAAUCCUAACCCGAAAUUUCCAUCUCCAUGGCGUCCUCCCGCCGCUUAAGCAAUGGCCGAUCCCCUCUUGUCCGCAAACAGAGCCAAAUCACCUCCUUCUUCACCCCUGGCAAGGGCGCCAAGGUAAACCCUAGCCCUGACCCUAGUCCUGAUCCCUCUCCCUCGUUGUCGAAACCGAAGAAGCCCUUGUUGGUGAUCCCUCCUUCUCCGGCUUCAAUCCCGAGGACGCCGUCCAGUGCUGGUAUCACAUCCUACAAGGAGGAAGUGAUUGGGAGGAGAAUUAGGGUUUUCUGGCCGCUUGACAAGGCUUGGUAUGAGGGCAGUGUUCGAUCCUAUGAUGAGGUGUCGGGAAAGCAUACAGUUCAAUAUGACGAUGCUGACGAGGAAAUUUUGGAUCUUGGAAGUGAAAAGAUAGAGUUUUUGCAGGAGGAAGCGCCAAGAAGCCUACGCAGGCUGAGGCGUUUGUCUGGAUCGAUGGGUGUGGCCACGCCGAGCACUGAUGGGAAUGAGGAGAGUUGCAGAGAUGAUUCCACGGAUGAUGAGGAGUUGGGUAAGGGGAUGCAGAUUGAUAAGGUGGAUGAUGAUACUGAUGAGAUGGAGUUGGAGGAGGAGGUGAUUGGUAGCUUGAGGAGAAGACCGUCCAGAUGUUCAGGUUCAGAAAAGAGAAAGAAAAUCGAACCUAUGAUGUUGGAGUCAGCUAAAAAAAUUAAAUUUAAAGAUGAAAAUGGGAAAAUUUUGUCAAAAGCUUCAUCAAAAACCAUUAAAAGUAGCCCUAUUUUACCCGUCGACAAUGGUAAAAGGGAACAAGUUUUGGAUUCUUUUGACCUCACCUUAAGUGGUGAUGUAGCUGAUCGGUUUGGGAAACGGCAAGCAGAAAAGUUUAGGUUUCUUGGGCAAGGACGCAAGGAUGCAUGUGGGAGGCGACCUGGAGAUGCAGAUUAUGAUCCCAAAACUAUUCACUUGCCUCUGGAGUUCUUGAAGAGUUUGUCUGGAGGACAGAGACAAUGGUGGGAGUUCAAGUCAAAGCACAUGGAUAAAGUUUUGUUCUUCAAGAUGGGGAAGUUUUAUGAAUUAUUUGAGAUGGAUGCACAUAUCGGAGCUAAAGAGCUUGAUCUGCAGUAUAUGAAGGGAGAGCAACCACACUGUGGGUUUCCUGAAAAGAACUUUUCAAUGAAUUUGGAGAAAUUGGCUAGAAAGGGAUAUCGUGUCCUUGUUAUAGAGCAAACAGAAACUCCUGAACAGCUCGAACUCCGUCGGAAGGAGAUGGGAUCUAAGGAUAAGGUUGUGAAGCGUGAAAUAUGUGCAAUGGUGACGAAGGGUACCCUGACUGAAGGAGAACUGUUAUCAAGAGACCCUGAGGCUUCCUAUUUGAUGUCAAUUACUGAGAAUCACCAAAUGUCCACUGACCAGAGCAAAGAGGGCACUGUUUUGGGCAUUUGUAUUGUUGAUGUUUCUACAAGCAAGUUCAUGAUUGGACAGUUUGAAGAUGAUAAGGAGCGUCUCUGUUUAUGCUCAAUAUUGUCAGAAUUAAGGCCGGUAGAAAUCAUAAAGCCUGCUAAAAUCCUUACUUAUGAAACUGAAAGUAUCUUGAAGAACAAUUUGAGAGAUCCUCUUGUAAAUGUUUUGGUCCCUGUUGUGGAGUUCUGGGAUGCUGAAAAGACUAUUGGUGAGCUCAGGAACAUUUACCAACUGCCGAGGCAUUCACAAGUUUCUAGACCAAGAGACGAUAGAAACUAUGAUGCUCCAGCUGAUUCUGAUGAUGCAGAGAAUGAGUCAGGGUUCCUUCCUGAUGUGUUAUCUGAGUUUAUUACUUCAGAAGCAAAUGGAAAUUGUGCUCUUUCAGCUCUUGGAGGGUGUCUCUUUUACUUGAGGCAAGCUUUUCUUGAUGAGGCAUUGCUAAAGUGUGCAAAAUUCGAGUUGGUUCCAUGCUCUGGUACCUCUAAUGCUUUGCAAAAGUCUUAUAUGAUACUUGAUGCAGCAGCACUUGAGAAUCUUGAGAUAUUGGAGAAUUGCAGAAAUGGUGGUUUGUCUGGAACACUGUUUUCCCAGUUAGAUCACUGUGUCACAGCUUUUGGGAAAAGGUUGCUUAAAAGUUGGCUUGCAAGACCAUUGCAUGGUACAAGAUCAAUUAUUGAACGCCAGGAUGCCAUAGCGGCACUAAAGGUUUGUUCCAAAUAUGUGUUUGAUGAAAUCUCUAGAAGGCAAAGCUUGAAAUUGUUGGUUAUCAAGUUUAUAACUUUAUGCGUGCCCUGUUUGCUUUUCAUAUUACUAUUACGUUAUAUUUAUCCUCUCAAACUAAAAUCUCCCAAGGUCAAAGAAAGUUAUUUAUUGUGUCUUCCAGAAGAAGAAUAG